CAGUUCCCAGGAGGCCUUUCGGCUGCACACGUGUGUCGUGGAUAUUGAGUACAUGCAUCUAGUCGAGGACCCGCAGCAUCAUGUCUAUGUUCAUGGAUCUAAACGUGAUGUUCUCGGCCGAUAGGAGCAGAUUACAGGCGCUCAUAGAAACGGCCGCUCACCUCGGUUUCUCCACCGUCGCCAUCAACUACGUGUUUGAACCCACGGCUAAAAAGAAGCAGGACGUCCCGACUCCGACUCCCAUCCAUGAGCUGAUUGGUCCAGAGAUGCCCCUGGUCCAGGGCCGCUCUCGUCCAAUCAGAGCGCUGAACAGACUGACCGUGGUGACGUCAGACUCCGCCCACUUUAGGCCCAGUGCAGCAGAGUACCGUCGGUUCGACCUCCUGGCCGUCCAGCCAACCUCAGAGAAACUCUUCCAUGCCGCCUGCACCUCGUACGACAUCGACAUCAUCUGUGUCCCAGUGACCGACAAACUGCCCUUCUUCUUCAAGAGAGCGCCAGUCAACGGGGCCAUAGACAGAGGUGUGGUGUUCGAGGUCUCCUACUCCGCUGCCCUCAGAGACUCCACCCUGAGACGCUACACCAUCGCUAACGCCGUCGCCCUCAUGGACGUCUGCAAAGGAAAGAACGUGAUCCUGUCCAGCGGCGCAGAGAAGGCUCUGGAGCUCAGAGGACCAUAUGACAUCACCAACCUAGGUUUGUUGUUCGGUUUGUCAGACCGAGACUCUAAAGAAGCCGUUUCCUCCACAUGCAGAGCGGUGCUGCUGCACGCAGAGACCAGGAGGACGGCCAGUGGCAUCAUCUACACCAGCAGACUCCAGCAGGAGGCGCUGCAGGACUCGGACCACGGUGAAGCUCCUGCAGCCAAGAGACCCAAAACAACCCCCCCCCCUCCUCCCCCCCCGACACUGAGUGAGUGACAGCUGAGGAGGAGGACAACGACUUUCAUUUCUUCUUCAAUCUGCUUCAUUUCUUUGU